AUAGCAAGCUCUGCUUGGAGGCGGAUACAGACCAAUACAAAAUACUCUAUGUUUAUUAAAGACCUUUUAACAGCGGUGUGGAGUCCAGCAGAGCUGCUUGGGCGGUCUCUGCAAGGAAAGCACUGUCCACGCUUUCCCGACCGCCCGAGAAAAGAGCCGCUGUCGCCGUGGAAAGUGUCGGUGAUACGCGAAUGCUACAAGGAGCGACUUCAGAAAAAAGGACUGGUGGCUGAAUUGAUGCCUGGGGCAUUAAAACAAAUGAAUCGCUUCAUUGUAGAAAAGAUCAGCGACAUCGAGAGGAUGGCCAAAAGAGCAACCAAGGAGCUGCCACAAGACAGACCAUGAGAAUCGAUCUGUCAGCUGAGCCUAUCUGCAGUAGGAUUUAUUUAUUUGUUUAAUAAAAUUUCACUACUUCA